CCCCGCCGGGAGGACGACGUGGAAGUUGUCGGAGCGGCGGGGCGGAGGCGAGCGCUGGGGAGCCGGAGGCCGGCGCUGGAGUAGGGAAGUCUCUGCGCAGUCUUACACGGCCCGUGUCUGAGCGCCGGCGUGGGCGGACGCGCGGCUUCAUCAUGGGUGGCUUUUUCUCAAGUAUUUUUUCCAGUCUUUUUGGAACCAGGGAAAUGAGGAUUUUAAUUUUGGGAUUAGAUGGUGCUGGAAAAACCACAAUUUUGUACAGAUUACAGGUUGGAGAAGUCGUGACUACUAUUCCUACUAUUGGAUUCAACGUAGAGACAGUGACAUACAAAAACCUUAAAUUUCAAGUUUGGGACUUAGGAGGACAGACGAGUAUCAGACCAUACUGGAGAUGUUACUAUUCAAACACAGAUGCAGUCAUUUAUGUGGUGGACAGUUGUGACCGAGAUCGAAUCGGCAUUUCCAAAUCAGAGUUAGUUGCCAUGUUGGAGGAAGAAGAGCUGAGAAAAGCCAUCCUAGUGGUGUUUGCAAAUAAACAGGACAUGGAGCAGGCUAUGACUCCCUCAGAAAUGGCAAAUGCACUUGGUUUACCUGCCUUGAAGGACAGAAAAUGGCAAAUAUUCAAAACAUCUGCAACCAAAGGCACUGGCCUCGAUGAGGCCAUGGAAUGGUUAGUUGAAACACUGAAAAGCAGACAGUAGUUUCAUCCCAUCACUUCAGCUCCUGAAAGAAAUGUGACGUCACAUAUUUCUUUGGAGUCAGGCGUGCUGCACAUGACGACGUGUUAGAACUGUGACUGCAUAGACAGAACUGACUUCAGUGUUUGUAAUAAAAAACAAGUACUUGGUUAGAGGGGCAAGUUGAUUAAAUCCCCCAAAUAUUCUAUGUCAUGUAAAAUAUGUCUUCCUUCUUGUGGUGAGGUAUGUAUGCUAUUUGUAUGGAAUUCUUAAACACACUUCUAUUAAAGAGUGCAUUCUUCUUGGAGGGUAAAACCCUAUUUUUGAAUUAGUGGUUGCAUCUUGUUUGUACAAACACUACCAAUUAUGUUAGAUGACUUUUUUUCCUUUGAAAAUGAAUUAUUUUCCAAAGAUGAGACUCACUGAUUUAGGUUAGGAACAUAGUAUGUAUGAUACAGCCUUCAUUUGCUUAACUGACUAGUGUAUCAUAAGUUGUUUCAUUCAUAAGUUUUAAGUAGGUAUGAGUGCUGUUUUGUUGGCUAACUUGAGUGACUUACUUGUUGUUGCCUGUUUACUUUAUACGUGUACAGCAGCCCUGGGAAGGAGGGAAGGGCAGUAAUGUUGCUUUAUGAAUACAGUGGGUGGGGUGCGUCUGUUUCCAGUAGGGCUUCUACUAGUGAGGUGGGAAUGAGACUCAAAAGUAAGGCUUUUGGGUCAGAAAUGUUUCAUGUUAUACCUAAAAAUGCCAGCAUUGAUAACACGAUAUUCUUUAACGCUUAAAACAUAAUUAUGCUAAAGACAGAUAUGGUAGCACAUGCCUAGCAUCCCAGCACUCAGGAGGUAGAGGCAGGAGGGUCAGGAGUUCAAGGCCAGCCUCAGUUCUGUAGUGAGUUCAAAGCCAGCCUGGGCUACAUGAGAACCCUGUCUCAAAAUUCAAAAAAACUUAUGCUAAGGUAGUCAUAGAACAUUCAAAGAAUGCUUAUAUAUAAUCUUGCCUAUACUAGUAAAAGUGAUCAGUGACAGCAAAAAUCCCAAAUGGCUGUAUUUAAUGAAUUCACAAACCAAUAUGGAGAAAUAUGAAAGUAAAUAAAUGAUUCUUAAGAAGCACUGUAAGAUGUCUUUACUGCCUGUCAUUGCAUUAAUUUGCAAUUGGUAAUGUAAAUUGGUUAACAAUAAAAACCUUAGCCAGUUGUGGUGGCAUACACCUUUAAUCCCAGUACUCGGGAGGCAGAGGUAGGAGGAUCACUGAGUUUGAGGCCGGUCUGAGACUGCUUAGUGAAUUCCAGGUCAGCUUGGGCUAGAGUGACACCCUACCUCGGGGGGGGGGGGGAAUCCUGGAUUUAAAUAUUAGCCUUUGGCUGGGGAGAUUACUCAGUGGUUAAAGGUAUUUGCUUGCAAAGCCUGAUGGUCCAGGAGCGACUCCCCACUACCCAAGUAUAGCCAGACGCACAAAGUGGUGCAUGUACCUGGAGUUUUGUUUACAGUGACAAGAGGCCCUAGUGUGCCCAUAAUCUCUCUCUGCUUACAAGUAACUAACACAUUUUCUAAAAUUAGUCUUGCUGUAAGCCAUAAAUAGAAUCCAGUCUUCAGAGAUAUUUCCAACUACCCAAUACCAACUGUAGUGUCAUUCAAACUGGGGAACUUUGCUUCCUUCAAAUAAGUUGGGAAGCAAGCAUUUUAAAACUAGGUGCUGGUAGAGAUGUUGGCUUUAGUUGCCUUUUCCCCCUUAAACUUGUGGACAUCAUUAAUGUAAGCGAAUGUACUUUUCACCUGUGGGGUUCUUUGUUUUGAGAUAGGGUCUUGCUGUGUAUUCCAGGUUUCAAUCUCAUGGUGACCCUCUUGUCUAGCUUCCUAGUGUUGGGAUUAUGUGUAUUCCAACAUGGACAGCUUGAGACUCUUCAUUCUUUUUGUUUUUGUCCCUGUUCAUAGCUUGAUUUCUUUGAAAUCUUCUUUUGAUAGCAUCUUCCUUCAGGCAUAAGUCUUCCUAGUGGAACUAAUACGAGUAUGAAUGUACUCUUGGUGGGCCAAGGCUUUCUUUUUUAUAUUUGUAUUCCUAGUACCCAGUAUGGAAAGUGAACAUUAUGCUUAUCUGAGUAUUUUCAUAGUUAAAAUAGUAGAUACAUGCUUGUCAGCUAGGAGAAUAGUAGUACUGCACUUUACACUGGAGUUCCCUUCUGGGCAACGGCACAAGGCUGGGACAUGCAAGAAGACAUUGCUAUGCUUGUUCACAGGGGGCUGUAGUUCUGAUAUACUGUGAAAAAUACAAGUAGAAGAUCCUGCCUGGCUUGUAGCUCCUUCCACUGUGAAGCUGAUCUUGAUGCCAUUGGCUUAUGCAUAACCUGGAAUAUAUCCUCCUAAAGUUUGUUUUUACAGAAAGAGAAUCUGAAUGAAUAUAUAAAAUAUGUGUGUGAGAGAAAGAAAAAAGCACCAAGCAAGAUCAAAAUGGGUUGUUGUUAUCAGUGUCUACACUUUCAGCCUCAUUUCUAUAAAACAAGCCCUGGAAAGAUGAUAAAAGGUUCCCUUGAGUGCUACCAUUGUAUUUCAUAAUGAUGGUUGGUAGUUGUACAGUGUUGUGAUCACAGCAGACAUAUUAGAAAUUGAAGAUGAUGGAUUGUUACCUUGACUAUUUGACAUGCACUUUAAACUGGAAAUAGAAGUUCCAAGAGCAGGACCAUAUUUCAUUUGCUUUUUCUCUUCCUUGAUGUCUAAUGAUACACCUGGUACAUACGAGGCACUCAAUAAACAUUGGUUAAAAGUAAA